AUCUACAACUAUCAAUAUCACUCCGCCACCAUGUCAAGGCUCCUACCUGCAAUUGCCACUCUCACAGAGGUCUUCAACGAUUACGCUGGAAAAGACGGCGUCAAGGACUCUUUGACCAAGGCAGAACUCACUGAGCUGCUCAAAAAAGAGAUGUAUAUGGAGGGUGGAAAACAAUCUGAGGUGGACAAAUUCUUCGAUGCCCUGGAUCGAGAUGGGAGUGGUCUUGUGAAUUUUCAGGAGUACAUCAGUUUUGUAGCAUCCUUCGCCAUGAUCAUCAAUGACAUGUAAAUACUUUGGCCACAUUGCCUCAGAACAUUGUUGUAUUAUUUAAAUUGUUCAAAAUGAAAAAAAACUGGGCGCUCCAACUUGUACCAGCAUUACAGCCACAUCUAUAAAACAUACACACCAUCAUCAUCAUAUGUUCUGAGAUGAAAGCCGGGUUAAACACUCACAUUAAUCAUAAAAGUCAUUACGUACAGUAGGCUGACUAUGAGUGUAUAUGAGAUGACACAAGUGACCAAUGAAGAACUGAAAUAAAUUGUGUUCAGUCUCUCAAAA